AUGGCCGCCCUCGGCGAAGAUCUGCUCACCACGGUCAACAAGCUGCAAGACCUGGUAUUCAACACCAUCGGCAGCGACUCUCUUGAUCUCCCGCAAAUUGUCGUCGUGGGAUCCCAGUCCGCCGGAAAAUCUUCCGUCCUCGAGAACAUCGUCGGCCGCGACUUUUUGCCUCGAGGCAGCGGCAUCGUGACUCGGCGACCGCUGAUCCUUCAGCUCAUCAACAUCAUAGAGGACGAGUCUGGCCCGGACCCUUACAACGACCCUUACCGCUCACCUGGAGCUGCGCGCCGCGGAGAAUGGGCCGAGUUCCACCACAUCCCCAAUAGAAGGUUCACCGAUUUUAUAGAUGUCAAGCGAGAAAUCGAGAAUGAGACGUCUCGAGUUGCUGGUACCAACAAGGGCAUCAACAGACAGCCCAUUAACCUGAAAAUUUACUCACCGCAUGUCCUCAACCUUACGCUGGUUGAUCUCCCCGGCUUGACCAAGGUACCCAUUGGUGAUCAGCCCAGUGAUAUUGAGAAACAAACGAGAAACUUAAUAUCCGAGUACAUUGCCAAGCCAAACAGUAUCGUACUGGCUGUAUCACCGGCCAAUGUCGACCUCGUCAACUCGGAGGCUCUGAAGCUUGCCCGACAUGUGGAUCCUCUCGGCCGGAGGACCAUCGGCGUCCUCACCAAGCUCGACUUGAUGGACCACGGCACCAACGCUCUCGACAUUCUGUCCGGCCGAGUGUACCCAUUGAAGCUCGGCUUCAUUGGUGUGGUGAACCGUUCCCAGCAGGAUAUUCAAGGCAACAAGCCCAUGGAUGAUGCUCUGAAAGCCGAAAACGAAUUCUUUAAGCACCACCCAGCUUAUCGUAACAUCUCUAGCCGGUGCGGCACCCAUUUUUUGGCCAAGACGCUUAAUACGACUCUUAUGGCUCACAUUCGAGAGCGUCUACCCGAUAUCAAGGCACGCCUUAACACUUUGAUGGGCCAAACACAACAGGAGCUCGCCGGCUAUGGUGACAUGCACUUCAGUGGAAAGGAGCACCGAGGCUCUCUGAUUCUACAACUCAUGACGAGAUUCGCAACCUCAUUCAUCUCCUCCAUUGACGGCACAUCCACCGAGAUUUCCACCAAGGAGCUGUGCGGUGGCGCCCGUAUCUACUACAUCUUCAACUCUGUUUUUGGAAGCUCAUUAGAUACCAUUGACCCCACGUCAAAUCUGUCAGCAUUGGAUAUUAGAACAGCAAUUCGCAACUCUACUGGUCCUCGACCCAGUCUGUUCGUGCCCGAAAUGGCUUUCGAUCUUCUCGUAAAGCCCCAAAUCAAGCUUCUAGAGAUUCCUAGCCAGCGCUGCGUUGAACUUGUUUAUGAAGAACUUAUAAAGAUUUGCCACACUUGCGGCUCAGUAGAACUUUCCAGAUUCCCGAGGCUCCAAGCCAAGCUUAUUGAGGUUGUAUCAGACCUUCUGCGAGAGCGGUUAGGCCCUUCCUCACAGUAUGUUGAGUCGCUCAUUUCGAUUCAACGUGCGUACAUCAACACAAAUCAUCCCAACUUCUUAGGCGCCGCAGCGGCAAUGAGCAACGUUGUUACCGCCAAACAGGAGCGGGAGCGCAAGAAGUUGAUUCUGGAGGAGCGUGAUCGUCGAGAGAAGCGACGUCUCAAGGAGGUAGGCCCCAACGGCACAGAUGCCCAUGAGGACAGCGAGGACAGCCCGGUUGCUGAGAGGGCGGAGCAGCCCAAUCUUCGCAAACUCGCCACAUCGAAACCUUCACGAAGCAUGUCACCUGCCGUCCACCAGGAUGCCAUGGUUGGCCUCGGAGCAUCCCUGAAUGGAAUUCGCCCGUCAUCCCCAGGCAUGAAUGGACAAGGCAUUGGCGGUACCCGCGAUACGUUUUUGAACUACUUCUUCGGCAAAGAUGGCAUGACGCCUAUGAGCGCCCCCAUCACUCCCACCACCAACGGCAGACAUACCAGCCACCCGUCCGAGCCCAGCUUCUCACAAAGUCUGCGGCGUGAAGAGAAGCUGCCAAUCCGGACAGCUCCUCCGUCCGUUACGGAUGAGUAUGACCCGUCAUCUCGUAGCUACGGCCUGGCAUCACAUCUGGGCGAAUCCAACGAACCUGCUAUGACCGAGCGCGAAGCCAUGGAAACAGAGCUCAUCCGCGCCCUCAUCUCAUCCUACUUCAACAUCGUCCGCGAGUCCAUCGCCGACCAAGUCCCCAAGGCCAUCAUGCACCUCCUCGUCAACCACUGCAAGGACGUCGUCCAGAACCGCCUUGUCAGCGAGUUGUACAAGGAGGCCCUCUUUGAGGAGCUCCUCUACGAGGACGACGGCGUCAAGAAGGAGCGCGAGAAGUGCGAGAAGCUGCUCCAGACGUAUCGCGAGGCUGCCAAGAUUAUUGGUGAGGUUCUGUAA